CUAACUUUAUCUCAUUGGAGUUGAAUUUCUUUGCAUCCUGCUUUUCUAGAAACCAAGAAUGGGUAAUCUUUUCCCUGCCAUGGUGCCCAUAGCUCUAAUCCCUUUUCUUGUUUUCCAUCAAUCUUUCCUAGUAGCUGGUGAGGAAGCAGGGAAGGCUCUAAUUGCAAAGACUUGCAACCAAACUGAGUAUCCUGAAGAAUGCAUCUCAGCUUUGGAGUCAGAUGCCAGUAGCCUCAGUGCCAACUUAACAGGACUAGGCAGGAUUGCAGUAGAGCAAUCUGCCUCUAAGCUUAAUCAAACCUUAUCCUAUGUUGAUUCCUUGGUCAAUAAUGCAACUGAUUAUGCAACUUGGGCUUCCCUUGUGGUCUGUCAAUAUUCUUACAAUGCCAGUGCCAACCAAAUUCAACAAGGUCUCCAGGCUUUUGAUCAGUUCAAGUAUGAUAAAACCUACCAAAGUGUUGCUGCUGUCAACCAAGCUGUCAUUGAGUGCAAUAACCAAGGAUUGGGAAUUUUAACCCAAGUUGACACUGCUUUGUUUAGGCUUACCAAGGAUGCUAUGAUGAUUGUUGAUCUCCUGUAUUAUGCUAACUCAAGUUAUAUAUUUUCUUUGUGAUAAUGUAUCUAAUAAAUUAAGUUUCGAUGAAAUACGAAUAAAAGAGUA